GUCGGCCGAGCCGCCAUGGGCGUCCGCUCUGUGGCCAUCAGCGCCUGCGGGCGAGGUAAGAUCGAUACCGGCGUCCGGUGGAUGGCGGUCCGCGCUUGUGGGGCCGCUGUGGCGGCCGUGGUGGCGCUGCUCUCGGCCGCGAUCGCGCUCCACUGGCCGCCGCUACACGCAGUUUUACAAAGAGCAUUCUCCCUCCAUACAGCACACUCGACAAAGGACAUGGAGAAUUUUUUUCAGUUGGUGAGAAACAUUGUGCCUGCUCUAACCUCGAAGAAACACAAAGGGCAGGACGGAAGAAUAGGCAUAGUCGGGGGCUGUCAAGAGUACACAGGAGCACCAUAUUUUGCAGGAAUCUCGGCUCUGAAAGUGGGUGCAGAUUUGACCCACGUGUUCUGUGCCAGGGAGGCUGCGCCAGUGAUUAAGUCCUACAGCCCAGAGCUGAUCGUCCACCCCGUCCUUGACAGUUCUAAUGCUGUUGAGGAGGUGGAGAAAUGGCUGCCCAGGCUGCAUGCCCUUGUCGUGGGCCCUGGCCUAGGUAGGGACGACCUUCUUCUCAACAAUGUCAGGGGCAUUUUGGAAGCAAGCAAGGCCAGGGACAUCCCUGUGGUCAUCGACGCGGAUGGCCUGUGGCUGAUAGCUCAGCAGCCGGCCCUCAUCCACAGUUACCAAAAGGCCAUUCUCACCCCCAACCGAGUGGAGUUCGGCAGGCUCUGGGAAGCUGUGCUCAAUAGUCCUGUGGACACCCAGGGCCACAAUGAAUCCGUACUGAAGCUCAGCCAGGCCCUGGGGAACAUCACAGUGGUCCAGAAGGGAGAGCAUGACCUGAUCUCCGAUGGUCAGCAGGUGCUUGUGUGCAGCCAAGAAGGCAGCAGCCGCAGGUGUGGGGGCCAAGGAGACCUCCUGUCAGGCUCCCUGGGUGUCAUGGCGCACUGGGCCCUCCUUGCUGGACCAGAGAGAACAAAUGGCUUCAGCCCACUACUGGUGGCUGCCUGGGGUGCUUGUACCCUCACAAGGGAGUGUAAUCAUCAGGCUUUCCAGAAGUACGGGCGCUCCACAACCACCACAGACAUGAUCGCCGAGGUAGGACCUGCCUUCAGCAAGCUCUUCACGACCUAAGCCAGUGCCGACUGAAGGGUGCCACAGACUGUCCUCUGCGUACCGAGCCUAAACUAGCUGAGAGAGAAUUUAGGACACAGCCGUCCAUCCUGACUAAAUAGAGUUGAGGUGUUAUGACACUAAUGUGCUCUUGUGCGGUUUUCUUGGCUUCUCGGCAGUAACAAGGAGAAAGUGAAAAUAAAGAUCUAGCAGCCCACCUGUAUGGGGCUCCGAGACAGCA